AUGCAGAUUCCCGAAACGCAACCGGGUACCAGGAUGCAGCUUCCCGGGAACAUAAAUGAGUGCCGGGAUGCAGAUUCCCUAAAUGUAACCAAGUGCCGGGAUGCAGAUUCCCAAAACGUUACUGAGUGCCGGGACGCUGAGUCCUUAGAUUUAAUCAAAUUGCUGAUUCCCGAAAACAUAACCGAGUCCCGAGAUGCAGAUUCCCGAAACGCAACCGGGUACCAGGAUGCAGCUUCCCGGGACAUAAAUGAGUGCCGGGAUGCAGAUUCCCUAAAUGUAACCAAGUGCCGGGAUGCAGAUUCCCAAAACGUUACUGAGUGCCGGGACGCUGAGUCCUUAGAUUUAAUCAAGUGCCAGGAUGCAGAUUCCCGAAACAUAACCGAAUGCCGGGAAGCAGAUUCCCAGGACGUUGCCGAGUGCCGGGACGCAGAUUCCGGGGACGUAACCGAGUGCCAGGACGCAGAUUCCCAGGAUGUAACCGAGUGCCGGAACGCAGAUUCCUGGGAUGUAACCUGA